AGAGGAUCAUAUAUUUUCUCUCCCCUUGACUCUUCUGCCGGAGUCAAUUCUCUUCUGCAACUCUGCUUGGGAGAUAGUAGAUGUGCAGACUGCACACUAAUUUCUCCCGCAUACAUAUAUUCGAGAGCGCCACAUCCAGGCUCGUUUCGGCACUAUGAUUCGGGCCCAGAGCCUGCCAUGGAGGGCAGUCCUUCGGCAGACGUCACCGCGGACUCUCUCAUCUAAAUAUCCUUCUUCCUCUUCUUCUUACCGGAUUUGCGUCAAUUCGAGUCUAGAGGGGCAGACACUGCGGCUUUCACCUUUUGCGUCAGUAUCACGAAGCUUCUCAGCUAGCACCGCCCGCCGAAAAGACAAGCCGCAACCACCCGAACCGAAAGAGGAGAAAGAGGAGGGAACAGAGACAGAGAAGAAUCAGGAGGAAAAGCCAAGGCCUGGUAGACCAUCGGAAGGGAAGGACAAGACUCCUGAUACACCGUCGCCUAUACCUGCUUCUGCUUCGCCUGCGGAUGCAAAACCCAGCGGCGCAAGUGCUGUGGGCGGAAGCGCUGGCUCUGGAAGCAGUGGCGAUGGCACGAGAAAGGGGAGGAAAAGUUCUGCCGAGAAGGCGUUACAAAAGGCUACGAUCCCAGAUGUGUAUCCGCAGGUUAUGGCUAUUCCAAUUGCGCGGAGGCCGUUGUUCCCCGGGUAUUACAAGGCAGUUACUGUCCGGGACCCCAAUGUUGUCUCCGCUAUACAAGAAAUGAUGAAACGCGGACAACCAUACGUCGGAGCUUUUUUGUUCAAAGAUGAAGCGGCAGAUAAGGAUAUAAUUAAUGAUAUGGAAGAAGUACAUGAUGUUGGUGUUUUUGCGCAGAUCACGAGCGUAUUUCCUGUGCAUGGGACGGAGAAUGCACUGACUGCGGUGUUAUAUCCCCACCGGAGAAUUAAGAUAUCAUCGUUAAGACCGCCGCGUGACACGUCACAGAAAGCAGAAAAUGACCAGCAGCCUACAAAGGAAACAACCCCCGAAAAGCAAGGCGAUGUUGUCGCGAGUUUUGAAGAGGCAACGUUUGAGCAGCCUCCCAAAGAGGCUCCAUACGAACCUACCUCAUUUUUACACAAAUAUCCUGUCAGCAUAGUCAAUGUGGAAAACCUUACAGAGGAACCAUAUGACAAGAAAAAUACCAUGAUUCGCGCUGUUACGAAUGAGAUUGUAAACGUCUUUAAGGAUAUUGCGAACCUGAAUCCACUUUUCCGUGAUCAAAUCUCAACCUUCUCCAUGAGUCACGCUGGCAAUAUCAUGGAUGAACCCGCGAACCUGGCUGAUUUCGCUGCCGCUGUUUCCGCCGGCGAGGUCAAGGAGUUACAAGACGUGCUGGAUACGAUGAAUAUCCAAGAACGCCUUUCCAAAGCCCUUGUGGUUCUUAAAAAAGAACUCAUGAAUGCCCAGUUGCAAUCGAAAAUAUCGAAGGAUGUCGAAGCGAAAAUUCAAAAGCGGCAGCGGGAAUAUUGGCUGAUGGAACAGAUGAAGGGUAUUCGACGUGAACUAGGUAUUGAAUCCGAUGGGAAGGAAAAGCUCGUGGAAAAAUUCAAGGAGAAAUCUGAAAAACUUGCUAUGCCCGAAGCCGUGAAGAAGGUGUUCGAUGAGGAGCUGAAUAAACUCGCACAUCUCGAACCCGCAGCUUCGGAAUUUAACGUCACAAGGAAUUACCUCGACUGGAUAACGCAAAUUCCAUGGGGUAAGAGGAGCCCAGAGACAUUUGGUAUCAAGAACGCAAUGACUGUAUUGGACGAAGACCACUACGGCCUCAAAGACGUCAAAGACCGUAUUUUAGAGUUUAUUGCUGUUGGAAAACUGCGCGGUACCGUGGAGGGGAAGAUUCUAUGUUUUGUGGGGCCCCCUGGUGUCGGUAAAACCAGCAUUGGGAAAUCGAUUGCGCGGGCUCUUAACCGGGAGUACUAUCGUUUCAGCGUUGGUGGGCUUACGGAUGUAGCGGAGAUCAAGGGCCAUCGACGAACUUACGUUGGCGCUCUACCAGGCCGCGUCAUCCAAGCCCUGAAGAAAUGUCAGACGGAAAACCCCCUGAUCCUUAUCGAUGAAGUUGACAAAAUCGGUCGAGGGCACCAGGGAGAUCCUGCGUCGGCCCUGCUCGAGCUUUUGGAUCCUGAGCAGAACUCGUCCUUUUUGGAUCACUAUAUGGAUGUACCCGUAGACCUGUCAAAAGUUUUGUUUGUGUGCACAGCCAACAUGACGGAUACGAUUCCGAGACCGUUGCUGGACAGAAUGGAAAUGAUCGAGCUCUCUGGGUAUGUUGCGGAUGAGAAAAUGGCUAUCGCAGAGCGAUACCUGGCACCUACCGCCAAGGAAAUGAGCGGCUUAAAGAAUGCUGAUGUGACAUUGGAAAAAGAUGCCAUUGAGGAACUUAUUAAAUCUUACUGUCGGGAGAGCGGGGUGCGAAAUCUAAAAAAGCAAAUAGAGAAGGUUUAUAGGAAGGCAGCCCUGAAAAUUAUCCAGGAUUUACCAGAGCAGGAGAAGGAUCUUGAAGAAGUGGCCGUUCGGGAGGAGGUGAGAGCUACGCAGGGGCAGGAGACGACGAAGGGCGAGGAGAGUGUUGUCGAGGAAGCAGAGAAGUCACAUCAACCGGCCGCCCCGGCUCCUCUAGUCGCGGCACAUGUCCCAGAUGAUGUUCACGUCUCAAUAAACAGAGACAACCUGAAAGAUUACGUUGGCCCGCCCAUCUUUACCUCUGAUAGGCUCUACGACGUCACUCCCCCAGGCGUAGCCAUGGGUCUCGCGUGGACAAGCAUGGGAGGGGCCGCUUUAUAUGUGGAGUCGAUCCUGGAAACGGCUCUGUCACCAAAGUCCCGCCCAGGCCUCGAACAGACCGGCAAUUUAAUGAACGUCAUGAAGGAGUCUACUGUUAUUGCAUAUUCGUUCGCUAAAUCUUUGAUGGCCAGGGCGUUUCCAGAGAAUAGAUUCUUUGAACGGGCGAAGGUCCAUUUGCAUUGUCCAGAGGGUGCAGUGCAGAAGGAUGGUCCCUCUGCUGGUAUCACGAUGGCGACCUCUCUGCUUUCCCUCGCUCUUGACCAUCGCUUGGACCCAACAAUCGCAAUGACUGGCGAACUCACUGUGACGGGUAAAGUUCUUCGUAUCGGUGGCCUCCGUGAAAAGACCGUAGCUGCUCGACGAGCUGGCGCCAAAUCAAUUAUUUUCCCCGCUGAUAACAUGUCAGAUUGGCUGGAGCUACCAGAGAACAUCAAAAAGGGCAUCGAAGGUCAUCACGUCAAUUGGUACUCAGAGGUCUUCGACAUCGUCUUCCGUGACCUUGACAAAGUUCAGGCGCAAACUAUGUGGAAGUCCCAACUCCAAGAAGUUCCGGCUGUUAUAAAAUCCGACGCCAACGCUACAGAGGACGAAUGAAUCGGUGUCUCAAAGCACCAUUCAUACCCAUUAUUUCCCCUUUUUAGAUCUUUCUAACAUUUUGUAUUUUGGAUUGACUACUGUAACGCUACUUCUAUUACUCAGUACAUUCCUCUUCCUCCCCUUUUGCCUGGACAGAAUUCUACCACUUUUGUUGACUCGUUUAAAUUUUCCCCCUUGGCAUAUAUAGGUAUGAUAUAUCUCUUCUCUCUUCAAUGCAUGGGCCCGGAGUUAUUUAUGGUUCCGCACCUCAUUUGUUUGUUUGACCCGCACCGCAAUCAACUACCAUCUGGAGCUUCCAGACCAUUUGUACUAUCUAUACCUCUUAUCUCAUAUAAUAUUUCCCUAUUAUUUCAUCCCUAUGUUUCCGGGGAAAAAAGUCUUUGUGGCGUAUGAGGGACUUUGACAAAAAAAAAAAAAACUUUGUAUUUUUUUAUCGGGUUCGGAUGGGGAGAUAAGCCAAAGAGCAUAAAAAUCAUGGGCACAGAAACCUAGAAGCGAUCUCACUUCUCACUGUCUGAGUUUUGUUUUUUCUGAGAGUUAAGAAACUUGAGGUAUUGUUGGAGGGGAACAGACGAAAAUUGGCAGUCGAGUCGGUUAUAGUGCUUUGGCCCCUUUUAGUCCCGUCCACGUUCCGAAAUUUGGCCGAAAACAAAAAUGCCAUAUCACAUACGCUAGUUACUCAUUAUCUCCAGGACGAAUUCGAAUUUCCCCUACUGCACACCUCAUCACGGAUUUGUAGUUGAUAAAUCGGCUUUAUCUUGUAAGCCAAUCUGAUAAUCCCCUGUGUUUAUGAGUCGAUGAAGACGGGAGAGUUGAGUUGGGGUAGGCAGUGAGAGUGUGGAUCUGCUGCAGGUAUUACCAUUUCUCGCUCAUAUUAUCUAGAUAGCUCCACUUAGCAUUUUCAUAAGGAAUAGAUAGAUAUGACCGAUGGGUUUCUGGCAGGACUGAGAAGAUGCCCUUCUGCGCUGCCCCGCAAUGCACCGGCGUAUUUUGGUGUGAUUCCGCUUAGUUAGCUACAGAGUGUAAGUUCUUUUUGGGAGUUUCUACAUACGUUGGCUUUUUUCCCUUUUCUUUCAUGCUUCUGAUGCAUGUGCGUGCGUAUUUCAGCAAUUAUAUCAAUUUCAAAAUGAUUUAUUUCCCUUUAUAUAAAGAGUUUCUCGAAAUACUGACUACUGGACGAAUAGAUAUUUAAAACGUUUGAGAUUCCGGUUGGUCCAAGGAGGGAGGGAGAGA